AAAAGCUUCUGUUUUUAAGUCGUUGGCAGCCACUUUGUGUUCAGAUAUUGGAAUUGUGGUGGAACAGAAGAUGAUGGCAAGAUGCUCAAGCUCAAUGGCUUCUGUACCCAAUUCCAAUGACGCCAAGGUUUUGCAGAGCUUCACAGGUCUCCGGCAAAUCGCUGAAACUCGUCAUUACAAGGCAUGGUUUUUAGAUCAGUUUGGGGUUCUUCAUGAUGGGAAACAACCUUAUCCUGGCGCAAUAUCUACAUUGGAAAAUUUGGCUGCUCAUGGUGCCAAGAUGAUCAUUAUCAGUAAUUCAUCAAGACGUGCAUCAACAACCUUGGAUAAAUUAAAGAGCCUUGGGUUCGAUCCUUCUCUUUUUGUAGGAGCCAUCACCAGUGGAGAAUUGACAUAUCAGCAUCUUCAAAGGAGAGAUGAUCCUUGGUUUUGGGCACUAGGAAAGACCUGCAUUCACAUGACAUGGAGUGACCGAGGCGCUAUAUCACUUGAGGGUCUAGGGCUAAAGGUAGUAGAUAAUGUUGAAGAAGCUGAAUUUAUUUUGGUCCAUGGUACCGAAGCUUUGGGGCUUUCUUCUGGCAACUCUGUUUCCAAGAAGCUUGAGGAGCUUGACAAGAUUUUGGAGCAAUGUGCAGCUAAAGGAAUCCCUAUGGUGGUAGCAAAUCCCGACUUUGUUACUGUUGAGGCUAGAGAACUACGUAUCAUGCCUGGUACAUUAGCAGCUAAUUAUGAAAAGCUUGGUGGUGAAGUUAAAUGGAUGGGUAAGCCUCAUCAGAUUAUCUAUAAAUCAGCCAUGGCCAUGGCGGGUGUCGAUGCUUCCAACUCAAUUGCUGUGGGAGAUUCUCUACAUCACGACAUAAAAGGUGCAAAUGCAUCUGGGAUCGAAUCUGUUUUUAUCACUUGUGGGAUCCAUGCAACUGAACUUGGACUAACUGGAUUUGGAGAAGUUGCUGACAUGUCAACUGUGCAUGCUCUUGCAUCGAAGCAUGAUGCUUGUCCGUCAUAUGUAUUGCCUUCAUUUACUUGGUAAUCUCAAUACAGGUGAAUUAUGUAUCCUCUUUCCCCUUGUACAAUAUUAUAAAUAUUUAUACAAGAUUUUGGAGCAACCUUCAUGAAA